AUGAAGGGCUCGGGGCUAUGGUUGACGUUGGGGUUGGUGUCGGCGUGGUACGCGGCGAACAUUGGGGUUCUGCUGCUGAAUAAGUACCUGCUGAGCAACUACGGCUUCAAGUACCCGAUCUUUCUCACCAUGUGUCACAUGACAGCGUGCACGCUGCUCAGCUACGUCGCUAUAGUGUGGAUGAAGCUGGUGCCUCUGCAGACGGUGAGGUCGCGCCUGCAGUUCACCAAGAUCGCCACACUGAGCCUCGUGUUCUGCGCUUCGGUGGUUAGCGGCAACAUUUCCCUCCGGUACCUCCCGGUGUCGUUCACUCAGGCGGUGGGGGCCACCACGCCCUUCUUCACUGCCGUCUUCGCGUAUAUUAUGACGGUGAAGAGGGAGGCUUGGCUCACGUAUAUGACGCUCAUUCCUGUGGUUACUGGGGUUGUCAUUGCCAGUGAAGAUUUAGCUUUCACUGCGCAGCCAAUAUGCACUCGGAACGCGAGGCAUUUUUUGCAUCUGCAUUCAAAAGGUGAACCCAGUUUUCAUCUAUUUGGGUUUAUAAUGUGUCUUGGUGCCACAGCAGCAAGGGCCCUAAAGACAGUGCUUCAAGGGAUUUUGCUGUCCUCUGAAGGAGAGAAACUUAAUUCUAUGAACCUUCUGCUGUACAUGGCACCUGUAGCUGCUUUAUUCUUACUUCCUGCGACAUUGUUGAUGGAGAAAAAUGUGGUUGCAAUCACAAUAGCACUUGCUAGAGAUGAUAUCAAAAUCAUAUGGUAUCUACUCUUCAACUCUACCUUAGCAUAUUUUGUGAACUUGACCAAUUUCUUGGUCACUAAACACACCAGCGCUUUGACUCUCCAGGUCCUGGGAAAUGCAAAAGGAGCAGUUGCCGUGGUUGUGUCCAUUCUAAUUUUUAAGAAUCCAGUCUCAGUAACAGGGAUGCUGGGUUACAUCCUUACUGUCAUAGGAGUUGUUCUGUACAGCGAAGCCAAGAAGAGGAGCAAAUGA